CCCCAGCUACUCCAACCAGCUCCGUCUUCCUCCACUCCAAAACCCAAUCUCUCUCUCUCUCCACUCUUCAGCAACCAUGUCCGAAAUCCUUCUCCGCAGCUACGAGCUCGGCCUCCUCCGCUGCACCCUCCCUCCCUCUCCCUCUCCUCCUCCGAACUCCGACGACGCUCACAACCAACACCCUCUCCACUCGCUUGUCACCGACCUCCUCGCCUCCAUCGAAGCCGGUCGCUACCUCGAAGUCCUCACUUCCCCCGCCGCUUCCCGUCUUGUCUUCGGACUAGACUCCACGCAGUCGCCGCUCGACGACUCCGCCGUGUGCGCCGACCUCGUCUACUCCGAGUUCCUCGGGCGAGCGGAAUCGUUCUUGGGAGAAGAUGACGGGGAAAAGGGCGUCAGAGUUGCGGUGGUGAUGUGCGUUGCGGUCGCGGCGUUUCUAGGAUUCGUGCAAUGUAACAUGAUCGGGCCAUUGGGAGGAUUGCCAAAGUGCCCUUUGCCGUUGGGAGCGAGCAUUGAAUUUGAAUUAGGAGAGUGGGACAAUUGGGCGCGUAAUCAGCUCAUGUCUUCUGGUUCUGACUUGCUGGGAAAGUUGUCCAAUCUCCAGUACAUUGUCUUUGCCAAGAUGUUGCUCAUGAGGACUAAAGAUUUGUUAUCCGAAGGGUUUAGGAGCAUUUCGUGGUGGCUUUCUAGGGUAAUACUUACUCAGCAGAGAAUUAUGGAUGAUCGAUCUUCUUCAUUAUUUGAUCUCUUGCAAGUCUUUACACGGGAAACUUUAAAUCAUUUCGGCACAUUGGAUAAAUUAACAAGUUAUUGGGGUGCUAGUUUGCAUAACGCUGAGGGUUUAACAAUAGUCUCGAUGGUUCAUUUGGAAGCUGGUAUAAUGGAAUAUACCUAUGGGCGAGUUGAUUCAUGCAGGUUACAUUUUGAGUCAGCUGAAGCAGCAGCUGGUCUUGAGCUUUCUGUGACCGGUGUACUUGGCUUCCGUACUUUAUAUCAGGUAGAACCGAAGGCACAAAUGGUACUUGUUGCAAACAGAAUCUCAUCUAACAGUGACGAGAACUGUCAAUUGGCUAGCAGUAGACCCCAUAAACAAGACUCAGAUAAUGAUGAUAAAAGUUCAAAUCUACAUCAAAGUGGAACCCAUGAGGCCUCUGACAUUUUGAUAACCCCGAAACUGUUGGAGAAUGACAAUGGAUCUGGAAUUAGAGAAGAAGCCAUUCAAGUUGGUGGCACCGCUGCCCCAUUGAGUGCAAUCCAUCAGGCAGUCAUCCUGGCUAAAUGUCUUCUAAUUGAGAAGAGCACCCGACAUGAUGAUAUGCAGAGCUGGGAUAUGGCUCCAUAUAUAGAAGCAAUUGAUUCUCAACAAGCAUCAUGCUUUACUAUUGGGCAUUGUUGUGACAUCUUACGAAUUAGAUGGGAGUCAACUCGAAGUCGUACUAAGGAGCGUGCUUUGACAAUGAUGGAUAAAUUGGUCCAAGGGGUGUAUCAACCGUCUCCAGGAGUGGCGCAAAGGAUUCCACUUUGUCAUGGAGUUUACUUGCCAACAAUUGCUUCCUUGCGGAAGGAGUAUGGAGAACUCUUAGUGCGCUGUGGUUUGAUAGGAGAGGCUGUUAAAACUUUUGAGGAUUUAGAGUUAUGGGACAAUCUCAUUUUCUGUUACCGGUUAUUGGAGAAGAAAGCAGCAGCUGUUGAACUCAUCAAGGCUCGAUUGUCUGCAAUGCCCAAUGAUCCCAGGUUAUGGUGCUCGUUAGGUGAUGUUACAAAUAACGAUGUCUGCUAUGAGAAAGCUUUAGAAGUUUCAAAUAAUAGGUCAGCUCGAGCUAAGCGGUCUCUUGCACGUAGUGCAUAUAAUAGAGGGGAGUAUGAGACAUCUAAAGUUCUAUGGGAGUCUGCAAUGGCCUUGAAUUCUUUGUAUCCAGAUGGCUGGUUUGCAUUAGGAGCUGCUGCCUUGAAGGCUAGGGAUGUUGAGAAAGCUUUGGAUGGUUUUACACGUGCUGUUCAACUUGACCCAGAAAAUGGGGAAGCGUGGAAUAAUAUUGCUUGCUUGCAUAUGAUAAGGAAAAAGAGCAAAGAGGCUUUCAUUGCUUUUAAAGAGGCGCUAAAGUUUAAACGCAACAGCUGGCAAUUGUGGGAGAACUAUGGCCAAGUUGCUUUAGAUGUGGGGAACAUCAACCAGGCUCUAGAAUCUGUUCGGAUGGUGUUGGAGAUUACUAAAAAUAAAAGAAUUGAUGCUGAACUAUUAGAGAAAAUUGUGACAGAGAUGGAGGAAAGGGCUUCAGCUAGUCCUUCCACAAAGAUUAAUGAUCAAAAUGAUCAAGUUUCUUCUUAUGAGUCUACUAUAGAUACUGUGAAUGAGUCAACUGGGGAAUCUGUUGAUGGUAGAUUACGGGAAAUCGAGCAGUUGGUGGAUUUCCUUGGAAAAGUUUUACGGCAGGCGGUUAAAAGUGGGAAUGGGCCGGAUGUCUGGGGCUUGUAUGCACGGUGGCACAAACUCAAAGGUGAUCUUGUAAUGUGCUCUGAAGCCCUUCUAAAGCAAGUCAGAUCCUACCAGGGAUCCGAUUUAUGGAACAAUAGAGACCAGUUUAGAAAAUUCGCUCAAGCUUCUGUGGAACUUUGCAACGUAUAUAUGAAAAUUGCAUCAUCUACUGGUAGCCGUAAAGAACUUUUCACGGCAGAGUUGCAUCUAAAGAACACUAUCAAGCAGGCGGCGGCCUUCUCCGACAUGGAAGAAUUCAGGGAGCUUCAAGCUUGCUUUGAAGUAGUGCAGUCAAGUCUCCAGUCCAAUUCUGUUUCUGCCUAAAAUUGUAGCUGUCAGUGGUCUUACUGAAAACCCUCAUGCAUACCUGUUACGCCGGGUUGAUAUGAUUUGGACGCUGCAGCUUUUGCUGGAUAUUUCACUCAAAUAGAAGACAGACCACAUGUAUAAUAUAAAUUGCAGACUAAAGCAGCCUUGUUCUAGUUAUCAAAAUUUUGUUUGUCAAUAAAUUAUCAUUUUUUGA